AUGGCCAUCAUUUCGGAAACCGUAGCAUUCGUUUCAGCUCAUCUUCCAAUUCUGAUCGUUGCAAUUGUGGCGAUUCACCUGCUCCGAAAUUUCACAACAAGAGGUGUUUCCAAGAUACCGGGCCCAUUCCUGGCCAAAAUCACUGAUAUAUGGAGGUUCAUUGAUGUGGCGCGCGGAAAGGCUCAUGAGACACACAUCAAGCUCCAUGCGCAGUACGGACAGUACGUACGACUUGGACCGAACCUGGUCAGCGUCCAGAAUCUAGAGGCCUUGAAGACAAUCUAUGGUGUGAAUAAGGGAUAUCGUAAGACCGAGUUUUAUGCGGUACAGCAGCAGCUAGCCAAUGGCAAGCCGACGCAGACACUUUUUACAACCCUUGAUGAAGACUUCCAUGCGAAAAUCAAAAGACCUAUCUCGAGUCUUUAUUCUAUGAGUACUCUGACAGAGUUCGAGCCCUUCGUCGAUAGCACGAUAGAAAAGCUACUGGAGAAGUUGGACGAGUUUGCCCACGCUGGACGGGAGCUAGAUCUCGCGACAUGGCUCCAGUAUUAUGCUUUCGAUGUGAUUGGAGAGUUGACCUUUGGCAAGCCGCUCGGCUUUCUCGAUCAGGGCCAAGAUGUCGGCGACGUGAUGCUUUCACUGGAAAAGAUGGUUGACUACGCGGGAAUGAUUGGUCAAAUACCUUGGUUGGAUCAUCUCUUCAUCAAGAACCCGAUCAAGCGCAAAUUUGGUGGUGGGUCGACCGGAGCUGUCGCUCAAUUCGCGCACCAGUGUCUCGAGGAGCGUCUCCAUCGGCCCGAGGGAAAGAUAGAAAACCCGUCCCACCGCGACUUCCUCGCUCGCUUCUUGGAAACCAAGAAAACGCACCCACAGGUUGUCGACGAUCGUCAGGUCUUCUCGUGGACACUCAGCAAUGUCAACGCUGGGUCUGACACGACAGCAAUUUCACUGCGAGCGGUGCUCUAUUAUCUCCUCAAGAAUCCCUGGACUUUGAACAAAGUUAUGAAAGAGAUCGUUGACGCCAGAGAAAACGGGAAGAUGUCAUUGCCCGUAACUUGGAAGGAGAGUCAAGAGCUGCCGUACCUAGAUGCGGCUAUCAAAGAAGCGCUCAGGCUUCAUCCCGCAGUCGGCCUACUCCUUGAAAGAAUAGUUCCGAAAGCCGGUAUCCAGCUUCCUGAUGGUCCAUUCCUACCUGAGGGCACCGUUGUCGGCAUCAACCCAUGGGUCAUGCAUCGUCAUCCUGCAUUCGGCGAUCAUCUGGAGUCCUACGUGCCGGAGCGAUGGCUUCAAGGCGAACACGAAUCCAUGGAAAGUUAUGAAAUUCGGAAGGCAGAGAUGCAAGGAGCGACUUUCACGUUCGGUGCCGGACCACGUACGUGUAUCGGCAAGAAUAUCAGCUUGCUUGAGAUUUAUAAAGCGAUUCCGACUCUUCUCUAUACUUACGAUAUCAGCUUGAGCUAUCCAGACAUGGAAUGGGAUACUGUGAACGCGUGGUUCGUGAGACAAAAGAACAUCCAUGUCAAGUUGACCAAGUCCGGCAGGAGUUAA